AUGGACGACAUGGAGAUGGACCCGGAGAUGGCCGCCGUAAUGGGCUUUGCCUCGUUUGGCGCCAGUAAAAAGCGCAAGUUCCAUGCCAACGACGCCUUCGUCGAAGGCCAGUCUGAUGCAAAACGCCCCAAAGCUACCGGCACCGGCGCCAACAUGACCGAAAUUGGUGCUCGCAAGACGUCAAUCGACGGGGCGCCACAGCCUCCAGACGAUGCCCCUGACGCAGAAAAAGAAGAUGCUGUAACGCCAUCGCACCCAUCCUUGCCGCCCAAGCCUUCUGCCUCUUCAGAGCGACCAGGAGACCUAGCCAGUGGCUUUAAAAACGAAAACGGCGACAUGGCGUACUUUCUACCAAGCUUUGUCGAAGAUCCUUGGCACAGGCUGCUGAAUACCAGCUUGAGAUCUUGA